AUGUCAGCACCACUUCCAACAGAUACACAGCCACCCAAGGGCCUGAGCUUUCUGAAGCUCACGGUUCCUAGAAAGCAUGUUCUCUUGGCUCGUAUGGACCGCCCUUCGGCCCUGAAUUCCCUCUCCUCAGACGCGCUGCGGGAGCUCGACUCAACAUUUGACUGGUAUGACGAUGAGCCAACGCUCCGUGUCAUGAUCGUUACUGGCACCGGCAGGGCUUUCACCGCCGGUGCUGAUCUCAAAGAAUGGCGGCGUAGUUUAGAAGGGAAUAAAGGAGAGCGCUUCGGGCUUCAGGAAGGUCGCACCCCCUUCACACGACGCAAGGGGAAGAAGCCCAUCAUUGGUGCAGUAAAUGGAUUUGCAUUCGGAGGUGGAUGCGAGUUCGCGGUCAACUGUGACCUCGUCGUUGCGGCAGACACAGCUAUCUUUGGUCUUCCCGAAGUAAAGCGUGGGCUUGCACCGACUGGAGGCGUCUUAACACGGAUAGUUCACACCGCUGGGAUGCAGAUUGCCUCAGAAAUCGUCUUGACAGGAAGGCGGUUAACGUCACAGGAGAUGCACGGAUGGGGUAUUAUCAAUAAGGUGGUUCCCGAGGGUGAAGUUGUUGACGAGGCUCUACGGUAUGCGUCGAUGAUUGCAGAGAAUAGUCCAGAUGGCGUUAUUUGCGCGCGAGCUGGCUUACGGCAGGCCUGGGAGACGGCGGAUGUUGAACAGGCGACCGAAGAAUGGCACCGGUCAUAUUUCUCAUUGCUGGAGCGUGGUGAAAACAUACGUGAAGGCCUCAGGGCCUUUGAGCAGAAACGGUCUCCUGUUUGGAAACCUUCGAAGCUCUAG